UUAAGGAUGUUAUUAGAAAAGAGAAGGAAAUGGAUGCCACUAAAAAAAAAAAUAUGCAUAGGAGAACAUUUGAUAGCCAGGGCGAUUAGGGGUGUAGUAAAAAGAAAAGAAGAGGAACAGGAAGACAGGAGUGUGUUUAAAGUAGCAACACUGGAACGAGAGGAAAAAAACAGAAACAAUAAUAAGUUUACACUGCGACUGUAAUUAUUGUGUCUCGGUGGAGUCAACAAGUGAAGAGCAAACUCUCAACAAACAAUCCAGAACUGAGAGACUUCCUCACACAGCUGUGUGUUUGACCCUGUAAGUGAACGUGACCUAUGAAACUUCCUCCAGAGAAUGGCUACAGCUGGUCCAGUCUCCACCGAGGGAGCCAACUCCACUAGAGGUGCUGGAACUCUUCGGAUGACAUCUGUUGAAGGUCAGACCUCGUUGAGUUCUUCGCAAGCCAAUAAGAGAACCAUUGGUCAUCGGGGGAUUGACCCCACAGGGGAGACUACAUACAAAAAGACAACUUCAUCUGCCCUGAAAGGUGCGAUCCAGCUCGGCAUCGCGCACACAGUGGGCAGCUUGAGCCAGAAGCCAGAGAGAGAUGUUCUCAUGCAGGACUUUGAAGAAGUGGAGAGCCUUUGCUUUCCCAGCGAGGGCAGUAAUUUAACCCCUGGCCACCACCAUGGAGACUUCAAGUUUAAAACCUAUGCUCCACUUGCCUUCCGCUACUUCAGAGAGAUGUUUGGGAUUCGGCCUGAUGACUACCUCUAUUCUCUGUGUAACGAUCCGCUGAUAGAGCUGUCAAACCCUGGGGCAAGCGGAUCUGUGUUUUAUGUCUCCAGCGAUGAUGAGUUCAUCAUUAAAACUGUCCAGCACAAGGAGGCAGAGUUCCUGCAAAAAUUAUUGCCUGGGUACUUUAUGAACCUGAACCAGAACAAGCGUACACUGCUGCCAAAGUUCUAUGGGCUCUACUGCAUUCAGGCUGGAGGGAAGAACAUUCGCAUCGUGGUAAUGAACAACCUGUUGCCAUGCGCUGUUCCCAUGUACCUCAAAUACGACCUAAAGGGUUCCACGUACAAGCGCCGUGCUUCACCUAAGGAGAGAACGAAGAGCGUUCCCACCUAUAAAGACCUGGACUUCAUACAGGACCUGCCUGAUGGCCUACUCCUGGAGACGGAACACUACAAUGCACUCUGCAAGACCAUCCAACGAGACUGUCGGUUGCUGCAAAGCUUCAAGAUCAUGGACUAUAGUCUACUGGUGGGGAUUCACAAUGUUGCUAGAGUCGAGGCAUCCAUGCAGGCACUUGGUCAGAAGAGGAAUCAAGGCCAGAAGGCCCUCUACUGCACGACCAUGGAAGCCAUCCAGGGCGAGGUCAAGGGCAAUGCUGCACCACAAUGCAGUGAGAGCAUGGGAGGAAUGCCAGCACAUAACUCAAAGGGGGAGAGGUUGCUGAUCUUCAUUGGUAUCAUUGACAUCCUCCAGUCCUACAGGUUUGUGAAAAAAUUGGAGCACUCGUGGAAAGCCUUGGUUCAUGAUGGGGAUACAGUGUCAGUACACAGGCCUGGCUUCUAUGCAGACCGCUUCCAGAAGUUCAUGUGCAAUACUGUUUUCAGGAAAUCUUCAUUAAAAACCUCCCCGUCGAAGAAGAUCCGAGGAACCAUGACAGGGCAACGCAAGACAAACACUGCAGGGGCUGGACAAACCCAGCAGGGUCAGCUGUUGGUUAUGGUAGCACAGACUAAUGCAGAACACUCUCAGACAGACGAGGAGUUGACUCCGACACGUAGCGACAGUGCUGUGUCUCCCACCUCAGAGACACCAGGAAGUGGAGAAAACGAUCCUUCCCCUGACCUCAUUACUAACCCUGUUGCAAGUGGCGUGGCUGACACAACACUCUCAAGGGUGGAAUAACAGAAGCUAAAUUGCUCUAGAAAGGAACAGCGAUCAUGUGCUUUAAGGAAGACGACCAAAAGUGAUUUUUGGACGGACAUCAGCAGACCUGAAGCAUGAGGCGAAGAACAAAGUUAAAGGAAGGCGGACACAGAAAGUACUUUACACUGCAGCAAAGCACACACGAGCUGUACAAAGGUGUUACUCAGGUGAUUAAUGCAUCCAGGGUCGCUGCUAAAAGACACGAAAAGUAGGAUGUUGCGUUCGCAAUCCCAAACACACACGCCAAAUAUGAACUCUGGGAAAUUGUUGGUAAAAUGAACUGCUCUUUUAUGCCUCCAUACACUGCAUGCAGAAUUAUCUAGAAAACUGUUUGUUUGUUUGUUUUUGUUUGUUUGUUUGUUUGUUUGUUUGUUUUAUGAACAUGGUUUAACACUGAGCCAUAAAGGUUCACUCGAUGUGUAAAAGGAGAGUGAAAGUGACCACUGCGGAGUGGAACGGUUCCUGUAGUGGUGGUGAUGAUGAAUGCCUUUUUUAUGUUAUUUUUAAAAAGUAUUUUGUAUUAAAUUUUGUUUUAAAUUUGCCAGAACUGGAAAAGCAGACAAGUUUUAACUAAGAAAAGGCAAUUUGCGAACGUGACCAAUAUUUAGUCAGUUCUGUAAGAGAAUGUUCUGGAGAGGCACAGUAUUAAAGGACGUGCACAAUCUGUAGCGGAGAGCAGAGCGAGGCGAAAAAUAUCGUCACGGUUUCCGAUACACGAGAUGACGAACCGCUCACAAAAUAGUAGCUGCAUUUAUUUAAAGCCUAGGUCACAACCGGACGCACGAUUUUUUUUGGCCGUGCGAUUUUUGGCGUUUCCCAAAUCGCUGCGUUUUUUUUUUUGUUCGUGGAGAAAGACGCACGUUGGCCGUAAGUUUGUCUUGCAACCUGAAAAAAACGUAAGUGCCCGUAGAAUUUGUUUGACAUGACAAAGAACCUCUGCGGCCGGUCUACGGCUCAAAAAUCAGCAUGUCACACGCUCGCCCUCCGUGCGUUUCUUGCGUUUUUUGCACGUAGACCAGCCGUAGGAGCACGUAUGGCCGGUUGUGACCGAGGCAUAAAAAAAACAAAACAAAAAGCACGAGUUCAUUGAUGCUUUUUUCUUAACAUCUACGAAAAUAAAUUAAUCGUGAAAAAGAGGGGAAAAUUCAACUUUUGUUCAAAAUGGUGCUUGAACUCAUUAAAACAUUGUGUCGGUGUGCACACAAAGGUAAGCGCAUUGAGACAUCAUACACCUGGAUAGUGAUGAUCUAUUAUCCAGCCCGACAGAAGAUCUUAUUUAAUAGAGAACUCUGAGCCGGUGUUGGAAAAUACGUGAGCGAAAGAAAUAUUACGCGACUUGUACAAUAUUUUAACCUAUCAGUAUGUUAUUCCAGAUAAAAUGUGCAUGUUUACGCAACUAUUUAACUCUUAUUCUCCUGAACGGAGCUUACUGCUUCACAAAUAUUGCUUUGCUUACGUUCUGCUUCAGCGUUUUUGAAAUCGUUCUAUGCAAAUAAUAAAAACAAACGCUUUCUGGCUGUGUUAGUCGAGAUCAAAAUAUGGGGUGUGUGAUUUUGGCAUGUUGGCAUUAAUUAAUUUACAUGUGUUUAAUCACUAUUAAAACGCUAUCUCCAUUUCAGGAGGCAAAUGAAAAUAUUGAUGGUGUAAAGUCUGGGACGAUGGGCCUCAUUUAUCAAGCUGGAUAUGAACAGAGUUAUUCAUAAAUACUGUGUACGAGUGCUUACACAAGGAUUUUGGGGUUCAUGAAAAUCCUGCGGUUUCAAAAUAACAUCUGUGCUCGUGACCGUGUGUAUACAGUGGUGCUUGAAAGUUUGGAAACCCUUUAGAAUUUUCUAUAUU